UCUAUCCCCCAUGGCUGCAGAGCAGUGCAACAACGAAGCAUCGCUGACUUUAAACAUCGGCACGCAAACCUCCAAAGCGUUUCGCCGUCUCAUCUUCUCCCAGGCCGUCACCCUAUCCACUUGCCGAGCAUGCGCUUCUCCACUUCCACAACCAUACAAGCCCCCUCAACGACCGGCCUUCAAGCAUGGCCUUCCCCUGACGCCCCAUCACAUAUAAAUAGAACCCCAGCGGUGCCAUGAGCUAGCAACACUCUCCACGCUCCGCUCCCCCCCGCGAAGCCAUGGCCUCCAAGCUCUCGGUGUCGGUUGCCCUCCUCCUCACCCUCAACCUUCUCUUCUCCCACCUCGCCACGGCCGCCAGCAACGGCAAGCCACCGGAGCAUCGGCCUCGACCUCUGCCGCGCCACCAGCUGACGGUGCCGCAGGAGCAGAACCUACCGUCGCUGACGGGGGCCAAGUGCCCGAGGGAUGCGCUGAAGCUCGGCAUCUGCGCCAACGUCCUCCGCGGCUUGCUCAACGUGACGCUGGGCACGCCGCCCAAGCAGCCCUGCUGCUCGCUGCUGGAGGGUCUCGUCGACCUCGAGGCCGCCGUGUGCCUGUGCACCGCCCUCAAGGGCAACGUUCUGGGGCUCAAGCUCAACAUCCCCGUCAGCCUCAGUUUGCUCAUCAACUACUGCGGCAAGAAGGUCCCCAAAGGCUUCCUCUGCUAUUAGAGAAGACCUUUGGGUGGUGCGCCGGCGCCAUCUGCAGCAUAACACUGGUCAUGGAGGAGGAGAAAGCGAAGUGAAGCAUGUCAUGAACGUUUCAUGUUCGUACAAUAACAUAGCACAAUA